AUGGCGCCUUCAGAGCAAGUUUCAUUCGCUGAUCAAUCUGCAUCUGUGAUCAAGUUGGCUAUUAAAACAAACCAAAAUCUCAUCAUCGAACUUGAUUCGUCUCGGUACAAUGGGUUGAUCAGACUUAUGAUUGAAUAUUUAUGUAAUGCGCCACCAUUGAUGAAGGCUGUAACAAUAGUUGAAGUUGAUCCCCUGGUUUCCAACCUCAAAACAUCUAUCAUAAAGCCCAACUUCUGUAAACUUCUAGGACUUGUUAUUCCAGAAGUUAGUGUCGAUCCUGAAUCGAUUCCAGUUUCAGUCCAAAUUUCCUCACCCAUCUUCACAAACUAUAUAGUUCCUACAACUUCAUCUGUUUCUACUUCGCCAAAUACCAACAUUGAUGUGAGUUCAGAACAACCUUCCUCUUCGGUUCCUCCAGAACAUGACGAUGCUGACAUCUUUUUUGGAGAUGAUGAAGAACCGAUUGCGGAUUUUGUCUUUCAUCCAUCCUCUGUUAAUUUCGCCAGUGAUGAUGACGAAGCGCCUAUGAUGAAAUGCCAAUUCAAGCAGUUGAAUGAGAAGCUUGAUUCAAUAUUGGAGUAUUCACAAGCCUUCUCUUCCAUGAAAUGGGAAAAUCUUCUCACAACCUAUCGAGCAACUAUGGAACUGAUCACAUCUUCCAAUGCCAAAGUCAUUGAAGAAUCAACAAAAGCACCUCAAGCUUCCCAAAAGAGAAUCUCAGAAUCUACUGAAAAAGUCCAACAAUUAUAA